UGUACAAUUACUUUCUUAUUAGAAUUUUCGAAUAUAUUACUUGACACGAAUGCACUUUCACUAAAGAAAGUGCAGUUUAAAUGUGAACAAAGUCAUCGUAAGUGAGAUUUGAAAAGAAACAAUGAAAGUCCCAACUGCAAAGGAAAUCCGUGAUGCCUUCCUGGGCUUCUUCAAAGAAAAGGGCCAUCUAUAUGUUCACUCAUCUAGUACUAUACCAUUGGAUGAUCCGACUUUGUUAUUUGCCAAUGCUGGUAUGAACCAAUUUAAACCGAUAUUUUUGGGUACAGCUGAUCCGAAUAGUGAAAUGGCUAAAUGGGUUCGUACUGCUAAUACUCAGAAAUGUAUACGUGCCGGUGGUAAACACAAUGAUUUAGAUGAUGUAGGCAAAGACGUUUAUCAUCAUACAUUUUUCGAAAUGCUUGGCAAUUGGUCAUUCGGAGACUAUUUUAAAAUAGAAAUAUGCACUUGGGCUUGGGAGUUUCUGACCGAACGUAUGAAGCUGCCGAAAGAUCGUUUGUAUGUUACCUAUUUCGGUGGUGAUAAAGAUGCCGGUCUUGAACCGGAUCUUGAAUGCAAACAGAUUUGGUUGGAUCUUGGACUAAGACCGGAACAUAUUUUACCAGGCAGCAUGAAAGACAAUUUUUGGGAAAUGGGUGAAACUGGUCCAUGUGGUCCAUGCUCUGAGUUGCAUUUUGAUAGAAUUGGAGGCCGAAGCGUACCCGAACUGGUAAAUGUUGAUGACCCAGAUGUUUUAGAAAUUUGGAAUUUGGUGUUUAUCCAAUACAACAGGGAGUCAGAUGGUAGUCUCAAACCAUUACCUAAGAAGCAUAUCGAUUGUGGAAUGGGCUUCGAACGUCUUGUAUCUGUCGUACAAAACAAAAGAUCCAACUACGAUACCGAUUUGUUUGUACCGCUAUUCAAAGCGAUACAGGAAGGUACUGGUGCACCAGAAUAUCAAGGACGAGUGGGUGCUGAUGAUGCUGAUGGCAUUGACAUGGCAUACCGAGUGUUAGCGGAUCAUGCUAGAACAAUAACCAUUGCUCUCGCAGAUGGUGGUACUCCCGAUAACACUGGUCGAGGCUAUGUUCUAAGACGUAUUCUUCGACGUGCCGUAAGAUAUGCAACUGAAAAACUCAACGCAAAACCAGGAUUCUUUGGAUCACUUGUUCAUACGGUUGUGAGUUUAUUAGGUGAUGCCUUCCCUGAGGUUGCAAAGAAUCCUCAGCAAAUAAUUGAUAUAAUCAACGAGGAGGAAGCACAAUUUUUAAAAACUCUAUCAAGAGGACGAGAUCUCUUCAAUCGCACUGUUGCAAAGUUGGGCAAUCAAAAAAUCAUUCCUGGAGACUUGGCAUGGAAGCUAUAUGACACUUAUGGUUUUCCAGUUGACUUGACUCAACUAAUGGCUGAGGAAAAAAACUUACAAAUAAAUAUGGAAGAAUAUGAAGAAGCUAAACAAGCUGCGUACAUAAUGUCCCAGGGAAAGAGUACUGCCAAGGAGGAUGCAAUCGACAUCGGUGUGCAUGCAAUUUCUGAACUACAAACCAAGUCCAUACCAAUCACAAAUGAUACAUUUAAGUACAAAUAUCAAGCUGAAUCUGAAAAAUUCGAUUCUCCUUAUAAUUUUGGUUCAUGCAAAGCGACUAUACUUGCAUUACGUUUUGGAAACGAAUUUGUAAACAAGAUAGAAGCUGGCAGUAAAGCUGGCAUAAUUCUCGAUCAAACAAACUUCUAUGCAGAAAGUGGAGGUCAAAUUUAUGAUAAAGGCUUUUUUGCAAAAUCGAAAAGCUCGGAUGAAAAAUUCUUCGUCGAAACAGUUUAUAACCGCGCCGGAUAUAUCCUGCAUGUCGGAGUAGCAGAUGGAGAAUUUUCUGUAGGAGACGAAAUCGAACUUAACAUCGAUAUAGAACGCCGUUGGCUUACCAUGAAAAAUCAUUCCGCAACUCAUGCCCUAAAUCACAGCCUACUACAAGUACUUGGAAAAGAGACUGACCAAAAAGGAUCAUUGGUAGUGCCGGAUAAGUUACGUUUCGAUUUUAGUAGCAAAUCUGCUAUGACUAUUGAACAGGUCGCAAAAGCAGAACAAUUAACACGCGAUGUUGUUUACAAAAAUGUGCCUAUAUAUGCAAAAGAAACGAAGUUGGCAAAUGCAAAGAAAAUUCGUGGACUUCGCUCAGUUUUCGAUGAGGUCUAUCCAGAUCCUGUGCGUGUAAUCUCAUUUGGUGUGCCAGUAGAGGAACUUGAAAGUAAUAUCGAUAGUGACGCCGGAGAGAAAACUUCAGUAGAAUUCUGUGGCGGUACGCAUUUACAAAGAUCCGGUCAUAUGAUGGAAUUUGUUAUUACCAGCGAGGAAGCAAUUGCAAAGGGAAUACGGCGUAUUGUAGCUCUCACUGGUCCUGAAGCAGUAAAGGCUUUGGAGAAAUCCAAUGAACUUCAAAAACAAAUACAGGCAUUAAAAUCCACAAUCGAGGUAGACAAAGAUGGUAAAAAUUCGAAGAAUUAUGUCAAGCAAAUAGUUGAAUUGUCGGAAGAAGUUUCACAAGCUGUCAUACCGUAUGUGAAGAAAGACGAAAUGCGCAACUUACUUAAACAAUUGAAAAAGACACUCGACGAUAAGGAGCGCACACUUAAGGCAGCUGUUUCUGUGACUGUUAUCGAAAAAACCAAGGAGAUUUGUCAAGAAAACCCACAAGCAACAUUAUUGGUUAAACAAUUCGAGGCCUUUAACAAUACCAAGGCUUUGGACGGUGCCUUGAAGCAAGUGCGCGCACUAUGCCCAGAAGCCGCUGCAUUAUUUUUAUCAGUUGACGUCGAUACGAAAAAAAUAUUCUGCUUAGCUUCUGUGCCAAAAAGCGCUGUUGGCAAAGGACUUAAGGCCAAUGAAUGGGUACAACAUUUAAGCGAAAUUAUUGGAGGAAAAGGUGGCGGAAAGCCUGAAUCUGCACAAGCUUCUGGCUCAAAUUACGAAAAUGCCGAUGAGGUCAUAAGAUUGGCCACAGAAUUCGCGAAAACUAAACUCGGUGCUUAAUAAAGCUAAGCUGCUAAAUCAUUCACUAAUUAAAAUGUGUUCAAUUUGAAAUUGGCACUUUAUUUAUUUUACAAAUUUAAUUUUUUUUUGGCGAUUUUUGC